CAAACUGGGCGGCGAGAUAGGAGAGACGAGGAAGAGGAGAGCCUCGCGUGCGAGCGGCGCGCCGUUACUCGUCGGUGGUCCACGGCGAAGUGAACUCGCGCGUCGUCCAGCAUCCCGAUCCCUCGAGAGCCAUUGGGAGAUGCACGAUCGAUAACGCGAUCGUUCGACGAUCGUGGUGAUCCUCAGGUCGAUGGACGCGUCGUCUAACCUCAAAAAAAAACUCUAAUUUUUUUUCAUUGGAUUUUGCGAAUGGUGAGACGGUUUAGUGAGUGACCGGACAGAGAGAAUUUUUCAGGAUAAAAUGAGAGCGUGCGUGAUAUUGGGUCCACUGUUGCUUCUGGGAAGCUGCGUCGUCCUGGCCGAACCCGAAGCCGAUCCAUCCGAGGCUCUGUUCAAUCGGUUGCAGCAACCCAAGAAUCGCAAUGAGGACAAGUGUUAUGAUGAGAACGGCAGGCCGCAGAGAUGCAUACCACCAUUCGAAAACGCGGCUUUCAAUGUGCUGAUGGAGGCAACUAACACGUGUGGUGAGGAUCAUCCUAUCGAAUUCUGCAAGCAAACGGGUGUUCAGAAGAAAUCAUGUGAAAUUUGCCGGCGUGGCGAUCAUUCAGCCUCCUUCCUCACUGAUCAUGACAAUAAUGACAAUGCCACUUGGUGGCAAUCAGACACUAUAUACGAAGGCAUCGAAUAUCCUAAUCAGGUCAAUCUCACCCUUCAUUUAGGUAAAACAUUCGAUAUAACAUAUGUCAGAGUACUAUUCGAGUCACCACGACCGGAAAGUUGGGGCAUCUACAAGCGGAAGAACGAGAAGUCACCGUGGGAGCCUUAUCAAUUUUAUUCAGCAACGUGUCGAGAUACGUAUGAGCUGCCCGAGUCUAAAGAAACCAUUCGUGGUGACGACACUCGCGUGCUAUGCACCUCGGAAUUCUCGGAUAUCUCUCCACUGACUAAAGGCAUCGUCGCUUUUUCGACUUUGGAGGGUCGACCGUCUGCCUAUUACUUCGAAACCAAUACCGAACUUCAGGAAUGGGUACAAGCGACAGACUUGAGGAUCACCCUGGACAGAUUGAACACAUUUGGCGAUGAAGUUUUUGGCGAUUCACAAGUACUGAAAUCUUAUUAUUAUGCAAUAGCUGAUGUGGCAGUCGGUGCAAGAUGCGCUUGCAACGGCCACGCCGGAGAAUGCGUAAACAGUACCAGUGUCGAUGGUAGAACUCGCAGGGUUUGCCGGUGCGAGCACAAUACCGCUGGUCCAGACUGUAACGAAUGCUUACCCUUUUACAAUGAUGCUCCUUGGGGUCGUGCCACAACUACGGAUGCACACGAAUGCAAACCUUGCAACUGCAAUGGAUACGCAGACAGAUGUUACUUCGACAAAGAACUGUAUAAGGCAACGGGUCAUGGAGGUCAUUGUUUGGAUUGUCGAGCGAAUCGUGAUGGUGCCAAUUGCGAACGGUGUCGGGAAAAUUAUUAUCAACGUCCCGAGGAUGAUUAUUGCGUUGCGUGUAACUGUAAUGAGAUUGGUUCAAGAAGCUUGCAAUGCAAUAGCGAGGGUAAAUGUCAAUGUAAACCUGGCGUGACAGGAGAUAAAUGUGAUCGUUGCGCGGCCAAUUUCUACAAUUUUGGUUCGUUGGGAUGUACUUCCUGUGAAUGCAGCCUGGCGGGUUCAGCAGGCAACAUUCCUAAUUGUGAUUCUGUCACUGGAGUUUGUGCUUGCAAAGAAAACGUUGAGGGAAAACGUUGUAGAGAAUGUCGACCAGGUUUCUUCAAUCUAGCCGUGGACAAUGAAUUCGGUUGCACUCCCUGUUUUUGCUACGGUCAUUCUUCGGUCUGUCAACCGGCAACUGGUUACUCAAAGCUACUCAUCGAAAAUAUGUUUGUGCGAGGAAAUGAGCGCUGGUCAGCAUCCGUGGCUGGUAAUCCGAUUCCACUGCAUUAUGAUGCGUUGAUUCAGACAAUUUCUGUCACCGCGCUCGAUCGCGACAACGUAUAUUUCCUCGCGCCCGAUAGAUUUUUGGGAGACCAACGAGCAUCGUACAAUCAAGAUUUAUCGUUUAUAUUGAGGAUAGGAGAAACUGGUCCGGCUCCUACAGCGCGUGAUAUAAUUUUAGAGGGUGGAAACGGCGAGCAGAUCACACAACCAAUUUUCGGUCAGAAUAAUCGCUUACCGACUGUCACACCUCAGGAAUAUCGCUUCAGAUUGCACGAGCAUUCUGGCUAUGGUUGGCAACCUCGACUGUCUUCUCGAGCCUUCAUGUCGAUUUUGUCGAACUUGACCGCCAUAAAGAUUCGCGGAACGUAUACUCAUCAGGGCCGAGGAUUUUUGGACGACGUAAAAUUGGAGACGGCUCAUCGCGGCGCAGCCGGUGAGCCGGCUGAUUGGGUGGAACACUGUCAGUGUCCUCACGGCUAUGUCGGUCAGUUUUGUGAGUCUUGCGGACCCGGAUUCCAUCACGAUCCGCCUAAUGGCGGUCCCUUCGCUCUUUGCGUUCCUUGCAACUGCAACGGUCACGCCGACAUUUGCGAGGCUGAGACAGGACAAUGCAUCUGCCAGCAUAAUACCGCAGGCAGUAAUUGUGAGUUAUGUAGUAGGGGAUAUUAUGGUUAUCCAUUGAAAGGAACUCCAGACGAUUGCAAAUCGUGUCCUUGUCCCGAUAAUGGACCUUGCAUUCUUCUGGGUAACAAUCCCGAUCCUAUCUGCUCAGAAUGUCCUAUUGGCAGAACUGGACCUAGAUGUGAAACAUGCUCUGAUGGUUAUUAUGGGAAUCCUGAAAGAGGUCUAGCUUGUCGUCCUUGCGACUGCAAUAACAAUAUCGACUUAAAUGCAGUUAGGAAUUGUAAUCACGAAACAGGAGAAUGUCUUAAGUGUGUCAACAAUACAGCGGGCUUUCAUUGUGAAGAAUGUUUAUCUGGAUAUUAUGGAGAUGCAUUAUCGGAUCGCAAGGAAGAUGGAUGUAAAUUAUGUCAAUGUUAUCCACCGGGCACUUUGGAACUUGACGAUGGAAGAGUUGCACCUUGUGAUCAAUUGACGGGACAUUGUGCCUGCAAACCGCAUGUCGUAGGUCGUAAUUGCGAUAAGUGCGAAGAAGGUUACUAUCAUAUCAUGAGCGGAGAGGGUUGCACACCUUGUAAUUGCGAUUUAGAAGGUUCUUACAAUCGAACCUGUGAUCCAAUAACGGGUCAAUGUCAAUGCCGACCCGGAAUCACAGGUCAACAUUGCGAUGCCUGCGAACCAUAUCAGUACGGAUUUAGUCGUGAGGGCUGCAAAUCUUGUGACUGUGAUAGCAUCGGCUCCCAGGAUCUACAGUGUGAUGCAAAUGGACAAUGUCCUUGCUUGACGAAUGUUGAGGGCAGACGUUGCGAUCGUUGUAAGGAGAACAAGCACAACCGUCAGCACGGCUGCAUCGACUGUCCCGAUUGUUAUAAUCUUGUGCAAUCGGCGGUCAAUGAUCACCGACGACGUUUGGCUGAACUCGAAGAUACCCUUUAUAAGAUUAACAGCAGUCCUACCGUCAUCAAGGAUUCAGAUUUCGAAAAGGAACUCAAAAACGUCCAGGACAGAGUAAAAGCAUUAUUGACUAUCGCCAAGCAAGGAUCUAGCAGCGAGAAUAAAACGUUAGUGGAACAACUGGACGAACUGCGUGAACAAUUAAAUACAAUUGACAAGAUCUAUCAAACUGUAAAUAUGACAGCAAAUGAUGCGCGUGAUAUAACAGAAGAAGGUUUGACGAGUAUUGGAGAAGCGGAGAAGGUUUUGGAUAAAAUUCAUGAACAAUUAACGGAAGCGGAAGAUUACUUAGCUACAGAUGGAGCGAGCGCUUUGACUGCAGCAAAAUUGCGUGCCGAACAAGUUGGCCAGCAAAAUCAACAAAUGACAUCUAUUGCACAAGAAGCUCGCUCACUUGCUGAGGUAAAUACCAAUGAAGCUAAAAAGCUGCAUAUGUUAGCGGAACAAGCACGAAAUACGACAUUGGAGGCUUACAAUCUUGCAAAACAAGCGAUAUCCAAAUAUUCUAAUAUAACGGAUGAAAUUAGAGAUCUGGAGAACAAGCUGGCACAAUUGGAGGAUCGUAUGAACGAAGUAAGAAAUCUAACUGCUACCGCAGCUGCUAAAUCUUCUGCUGUCUCUCAAGAAGCGUUAGAUUUGCUAAUUCUUGAUCUAACACUUCCUGCGGUCGAUCUUGAGCAAUUGCGGCAACAAGUAGAAACCGUCAGCAAUGAGGGUUUAAGGAUAAAAGAGCAAGCGCAACUCUUAUUGGAACAAAACGAGAAUUUUAUCAAAGAAAUGUCUGAAAAAGUUAAAAGCAGCGAAGAACUUCUAGAUCGAGCCCAAGAUCAACAAGCCGCAACAGCUGAGCUCUUAGCUGAGUUAGAUCAAGCCAACGAAACGGCGAAUGACGCCGUUAAACGUGGCGAUCAAACUCUGAAAGAAGCUCAAGAAACUUUGAAGAAGUUAGGAGAAUUUGAUGCUGAGGUGCAACGCGAACGAGUUAAGGCUCAAAAUGCUAUGAAGGAUAUUCAGAUUAUUGAAGAAUUGAUUGAUAAUGCCAGCACGCAAGCUAAAGAGGCAGAGAGAGCGUUAAACGGAUCAGAGGGUAAUGCUAAAAGCGCACGCGAAAUAGCACAAAACGCUCAGACUUAUGCAGAUAGAGCAAGUGCCAAUGCAAACGAUAUUAGAAUGGAGGCAAAUAAAACAAAAAUCGAAGCUCUACGGCUCGGAAACGAAGCCGAGAAGUUACAUCUCAGAGUUGAUACUACAGAUUCUAUGAUGAGACAAUAUGAAAUCCAAAUAGCCAAGGAUGCCAAUGUAACUGCUGAAGCGAACCAUAAAGUGGGCCAAGCAAAGACCAAUGUUACUCUUGCGUCGCAACAAGUUGAUAAAGCUUUAUCCGAUGUGAGCGCAAUUAUUAAAGAGCUUGAAAAUUUACCGGAAAUUGAUGACGCUGACUUGAAUCACCUAGAAGAACGCCUAGUCGUCGCUGAAAAGGAAAUUAAAACCGCAAAUUUAGAUCAGCGAAUACGUGCCUUGACAGAAGCAAAAAAUCUGCAAACGCAAUGGGUUAAAAAUUAUGAAGAUGAAGUCAGCCGGUUGCGAAUCGAAGUGGAAAAUAUUGAUGAUAUUCGAAAGGCUUUACCAACUGAUUGUUAUCAACGCGUUCGUCUCGAACCUUGAAAAAUUAAACUUUUACGCCAUAUCAAACACAUUUUUACGUAAGUUUUUAAGAAUAUAUUAAGCUAUAUAAAACAUUUUUUAAAUCAUGUGUAUCCUUAGCAUUAAUUAAGACUCGAGAAUUUUUAGCUAAAUACUUAAAAGUCAUUCUUUUUUUUCUUAGAAUAUUAUUAGGAUUUUGUGACUCUACACAAUUAUUUGUAGAGACAAGAGACUCUUUUUCAACAAUAUAUUUUUUAAAUCUCAAUUUUAUAUGCUCAAUAAUAAUUUACAU